AUGGCAACUAUCGAGCAGUGCCUGUUCUGCUUUGAGGCUCUGGCGUCCCAUCUCGAGGGCCGCAAGUCUAUGACUCUUGAGCAAGUCCAGAAAUCCUUCUCCGAGUAUUUGAAGUCUCUCGACACUGAGACAGGCUCCGAGACGGCCGAGGCGGGCUCGGAAUCUCAGAAGCUCAGCAAACAGCUUCCAGCUCUGCGGCGGGUGGCGGCCUCCUCCUCGAGCGACAGCUCCUCACCAUCAUCAGCCUCCGUUUCCACGACCUCCUUGGCCGCCGACACUCCAGCCACAUCGAUGGCCUCUCUCGUCGCCUCCAACACCCCCGAGGAGUACCCGCUCUUCGUGACAUGGAACAUUGCGUCCGCUCGCGGCGGAUAUAACCUGCGAGGCUGCAUUGGGACGUUUGAGCACCAGCCGCUGGAGGAGGGUCUGCGAGAUUAUUCCAUCACGUCGGCAAUCCACGACACUCGCUUCAACCCCAUCAGCAUACGCGAGCUCUCGUCGCUCGAGGUCGCCAUCACGCUGUUGACCGAUUUUGAGGAUGCGGCCGAUGCCAUGGACUGGGAGAUCGGGACGCACGGUCUACGCAUCAGCUUCUACUACCAUGGACGGCGAUAUGGCUCUACCUACCUGCCGGACGUGGCGCCCGAGCAGGGCUGGACCAAGGAGGAGACGGUGCUCAGCUUGAUGCGGAAGGCGGGCUGGAUGGGCAACCGCAGCAAAUGGCGCGAUGUCGAGCUCAAAGUGGUACGGUAUCAGGGAAAGAGAGAGAGCCUGCAGUACGGAGAAUACAAGCGCUGGAGAGACUGGGCGGACAAGAAGGCAAAGGCAUGA